AUGGAGAUUGCAAACUUAAGUCUACAAAAUCUCAGAAACAAAAAAUAUUACAACGUGCCUUCCAUUGAAAUUGAAAUCGAGAGAUACUCUCGAGCAAUCGGGGUUACAUACGACGCAAUAAUGGAGAAUGAUCAACAGCUUGUCUAUCGUUGUGAAUGUAGUAAGUCAAUGAACUGCAAAGCUUCAUUUACCGUGAAUAAAAGCGUUGGUGGUAGAUCAUAUGAGGUCACUAUCUAUGAACGACACACCCAUGAUUACGGCUUUGAACCAGCGGAAUUGGAUCCGAGUCCCUAUGAUAUCGAUCCAUCAGAAUUACAAGAGGAACCGGUGGAGAUGACAGAACAAAUGCGAGCGAGACGACGAUAUUUUCAAAGGAUGCUCAAUAUAGUCGCCUGUCUUCUUGCUUCCCAGUAUCUCUGGCUUUCCGUAGCUGUCUUCUUGCUUCCCAGUAUCUUUGGCUUUCCGUAA